AAUUAGCUUUGUAUUAAAAUGUCAAGACACUUGUGACCCUUCCUCAUUUGAUCUUGUCCUUGAGUGAGCUAAUUACAAUGACCAAACUUUUUUUCCCCUCCAAGAGUACUUGUAUACAUACCUCUGCAGUAGAAAUUUGACAUUUUUAACUAUUAUUAGAAAGAUCCGGAAAUACUCUGAUAUUCUUGUGAAAAGGCCAGAUUUUUUUCCACAGGUAAGAGUCAGGCCCCUUUUGUGAUAGGCUCUUGGAAACAAGUCCUCAAAGUUAUUUAUGAAUUGGUUAUUUUCAGUUUUUAUUAAGGACACCAAAAACUACCUUGUGUUUGUGCAGUGGUUUUUAUUCUCUCAGACAAUCUCAAUGUUAUUUCAUUUUCUAAAAACAUACCAGGGAGAUGUAUAGGUCUGGCAAUUAUUUUCAUCCUUUUACAGAUGGAGAAACUGAGUCUUAGAAGUUAAAGACAAACAAGUUAGUAACAGAAGUAGGAUAAGGAUUUGGGGCCUCUUUCUUCCUAAUCUGUAAAUCUUUCUGCUGGGUAACAUGACCUCCUAAAUAGUGUUUAACUGUGUUUGCAAUUAACAGUGCCCCUCUUGGGGCAACUAGGUGUUCCAGUAGAUAGAGAGUCAGACCUGGAGAUAAGAAGUUCUGGGUUCAAAUCUAGCCUCAGACAUUUCCUAGCUGUGUGGCCCUGAAUAAGUGACUUAAUGCCAAUUAUUUAGUCCUUAUCACUCUUCUGCCUUGGAACAGAUAUUCAGUAUUGAUUCUGAGAUGGAAAGUAAGGAUGGAAAAAAUUAACAGUACCCCAUUUCCAGCUUUCAUCAUGAUCUAAAGUGCAUGAAUUUCAUCUUGCUAUGUCUCAAAAACAUUUGCUAAGUAUCUGAAAGUAGAGGAAACCACCUUAAAGAAUCAGUUGGCAGAGAAGGUACCACAUAUUGGUGUGUCUCAACAUAUGCCUGACAAUAGAGGACUUUCCUCUCUAGAUCCAAAGGAAAGAAGUAUACCAAGGAAAGGAAGCCCUCAAGCUGCCCCACUCCUUUGAUUCAUGGCAUCACUUUUUUGGGGAAAAAUCCCCCAAACCACAGUGAUCUAGAUAUCCAAAUUAGUCUUUUCCCCAAAGAUCAAAGUAAUGAUAUUACAGAUUUCUCAUAUAGUAACACAGUAUAGGCACAGUGGUAGGACAAGAAAAUGGGAAAUGAUCUAGUGAACUUCACUGUGAAGAUAGUAUAUCCUUGGGGCAUCCAUGAGUCCGCCAUCUUUGAAUGCUGGUGAUAGAAGUAAAGGACUUGAGUUUGAAUCUUGGCUGUUACUUUAUGCCAGUGUAGCCUCAAACAAGUCAUGCAAUGUCAUUCUCCCUCUCUCUUUCUCCCUCCAUCUCUCCUCAUUCCUUCUCUCUCUAUUCCCCCUUUUUUCUUCUCUUUUUUCAUUUCCCUCCCCUCAGUUUCCUCAUCUGUAAAAUAAGUGUUGAACUAGAUGACCUUUAAGAUCCUUUCCAGUUGGAAAUCUAUGAAGUUACUACCUAGUCUUCUUGGACAUAUCAUUGAGGCAACUUCAGAGGGAGGUCAGCCUCUGCUCUGCUUCUAAUAUCUGAUCUUUAAAUCCACACCACCUUACUAUUCAGGAAGAUAACCGCCCUCUCUUUCUCUACCUACUCCAAAAGUUAUACUUCCCAGAGGAGCUAUGGGGCUUAGUGGAUAGAACACCAGGCCUGGAGUUAAGGAGAAUGAGGGUUCAAAUCUGGCCCCAGAUACUUCCUAGCUGUAUUAUCCUGGGCAAGUCACUAAACCCUGUUUGCCUAGCCCUUGGCUUUUUGUCUUAGAGUUGCUACUAAGAUAGAAAGUAAGAGGUUUGAAAGGAUGUAAGGGGAGCAGCUGGGUGGCUUAGGGGAUUGGGAGCCAGACCUAGAGAUGGGAGGUCCUGGGUUCAAAUUUGGUCUCAGACACUUCCUAGCUGCGUGAUUCUGGACAAAUCAAUUAACCCCCAUUGCUUAGCCCUUACUGCUUUUCUGGCUUAGAACCAACACAUAGUAUUGAUUCUAAGAUGAGAGGAAAGGGUUUAAAAAAAAUUAAAGGAAGCAAGCAAGGAAGGGAGGGAAAGAAAAAAGGAAGAUAGGAAGGAAGGAAGAAAAAAAGAGAAAAAAAGGAAAGAAAGGAAAAAAUUAAACUUCUCUAUAGCAGCAUAAAUCCUCAUGUCUUACAUGGUUGCGUUCCUUUGAAUGGAACACCAAAAGGCAGAGGAGGGAACUGAGUGCAUACGCAUGCUGGUGACUGGCUAAUAAAUGAAUAAUCCCCUGUAUAUUUUUAAAAUACCUUUAUAACCAUUAUGUCACCUAAUCCUCACCACCACACUGUGGGACAGGCCAUGCAGAGAUGAUAAAAAUGUAGCAUUUUAUAGUAUUAGAGAUGAGAGUGUAGAAAUCAUCUAGUCCAACCCCCACACAUUUGCAAAUGAGGAAACUGAACUUCAGAGAAGGUGAAGUAAUUUUGCCCACAGUCACGAGCUGGUUAGUGUUGGAUCUGGGACUAGAAACCCAGCCUCCUGACUUCUGGUUGGGCUCUCUUUCAUUAUUCCACAAUGCCACCCUACUGAAAGCAGGGCAACUUUACUUCAUGGAAGAGCCACCAUUAUUGGAAUAAUCCCAAGGAUAACAAACCUGAAAUAGACAACCAAAGCGAAUCCAUCUUCUCAGAUUUCAUCAAAUUUUGAAUGAUUUUGACAUAAUGACAGCAGAAGAUUCCACUACAACCAUGAGCAACGAUUCCACCAAUGUGUCGGCAGCCAAAGUUCCUGAAGGUAUAGCCGGGGCGCCUAAUGAGGCUGCCCUGUUGGCUCUCAUGGAGCGUACGGGUUAUAGUAUGAUACAGGAAAAUGGUCAGCGCAAGUAUGGUGGUCCUCCCCCUGGAUGGGAAGGGCUGCACCCCCCGCGCGGCUGUGAGGUCUUCGUCGGUAAAAUUCCCCGAGACGUGUAUGAAGACGAGCUGGUGCCAGUAUUCGAGUCCGUCGGGCGUAUCUACGAGAUGCGGUUGAUGAUGGACUUCGACGGGAAGAACCGCGGCUACGCUUUUGUCAUGUAUACUCACAAGCACGAAGCCAAGCGGGCCGUCAGGGAACUGAACAAUUACGAAAUCAGACCGGGUCGACUUCUCGGCGUCUGCUGCAGUGUGGAUAAUUGCCGGCUCUUCAUCGGUGGCAUCCCGAAGAUGAAAAAGAGAGAGGAGAUCCUGGAAGAGAUCUCUAAGGUGACCGAAGGCGUUCUGGAUGUUAUCGUGUACGCGAGUGCCGCGGAUAAGAUGAAGAACAGAGGCUUUGCCUUCGUGGAGUACGAGAGCCACCGGGCAGCGGCCAUGGCCAGGAGGAAGCUCAUGCCCGGAAGGAUCCAGCUGUGGGGACACCAGAUCGCGGUGGACUGGGCAGAGCCGGAGAUCGAUGUGGAUGAAGAUGUCAUGGAAACCGUGAAGAUCCUGUACGUGAGAAAUCUGAUGAUCGAAACCACCGAGGAGACCAUCAAAAAGAGCUUUGGCCAGUUUAAUCCUGGCUGUGUGGAGCGAGUCAAAAAGAUCCGCGAUUACGCCUUUGUUCACUUCACCAGCCGGGAAGAUGCCGUCCAUGCGAUGAACAGCCUCAAUGGCACCGAGCUCGAAGGCUCGUGUCUGGAAGUUACUUUGGCCAAACCGGUAGACAAAGAGCAAUACACACGCUAUCAGAAGGCAGCCAAAGGAAGUGCGACGGCAGAAGUGACGCCCCAGCAGCCUAACUAUGUUUACUCAUGCGAUCCCUAUACCUUGGCCUACUAUAGCUAUCCCUACAAUGCUCUCAUUGGGCCCAACAGAGAUUAUUUUGUGAAAGCAGGGAGCGUAAGAGGCCGAGGGCGAGGUGCAGCUGGCAACAGAGCACCGGGCCCUAGGGGAUCUUACCUCGGGGGAUACUCUGCAGGCCGUGGCAUAUAUAGCCGAUAUCAUGAAGGGAAAGGAAAGCAGCAAGAAAAAGGAUAUGAGCUUGUACCGAAUUUGGAAUUAUCUGCUGUCAAUCCAGUUCCUAUUAAACCCGGUACAGUGGCAAUCCCUGCUAUUGGGGCCCAGUAUUCCAUGUUUCAGACUGCCCCUGCUCCCAAGAUGCUGGAAGAUGGCAAAAUCCAUACAAUGGAACAUAUGAUCAACCCCAUAGCAGUACAACCAGACCCAGCCAGUGCCGCUGCUGCUGCUGCCGCCGCCGCUGCUGCUGCCGUCAUGCCUGCUGUUUCCACCCCUCCACCUUUCCAGGGACGCCCAAUAACUCCAGUAUACACAGUGGCUCCGAACGUCCAGAGAAUUCCUGCGGCUGGGAUCUACGGUGCCAGUUAUGUCCCCUUUGCUGCUCCUGCCUCAGCCACAUUAGCCACAAUACAGAAGAGCGCCGCAGCCGCCGCUGCCGUUUAUGGAGGUUAUGGUGGCUAUAUACCUCAGCCAUUCCCUACGGCUACCAUUCAGGUUCCCAUACACGAUGUCUACCAGACAUACUGAGAUUGGUAGGGGUGGGGGAUGUCAUGAAAACAAACAGAAAACCACUGAAGGAACACUUUACUAUUUAUGAAGAAAGAACCUACUGAAGAAGAGCAGGCUUGAACUUUUAGUAAUUAUAUAUAUAUAUAAAACCCUAAAAGUGAAGAAUAUUAUCAAAUAUUAAUGUUGAAAUAUUUUCUACUCAUGAAGUCACUAGUUUUUGUGACUUUUAAGGUGAAUGCACCUGUAUGCCUACAUUUCUCAGAGGGUUCCACUUGCUGUGCCUUAAUACCAUUCAUUGCUUAUGUGUAUACAAGAGUAUGUUUAUAAAGGUUUUUUUUUUAGCAA